GUCAUACAUUACUGAUGAAUCACGGAGGAAAGUGAGUUUAAAAGAAUUUAUUCAGAAGGAUAUGGUGGUACAUACUACCUUCUUUUCUGGAUAUUAUUGAGUUGGGAAAAACAAAUUCACCUGUUUUAUUGAUUAUGUGAUCUUCAUUGAAAAUUGCAACAGGAUAACAUUCCUAAUGGAAGAUGAAUACUGAAAAUGGUACUGGUCGAUAAUAUUCGAAGACAAACGUCUCUGCAUGUAUAUAAUUACCAAGGACUUCUUCAUUAUUUGAAAUGUCAGUAUUUACCCAUUUAUAGUUGGUUCAUGAUGUGAAAUCUUCAUUCGUUAUUUGGUGAGAUAAAGUGAAUUCGUCCAAAUAUGAAAUGCAUUUUGUCGGUUCUAUUCACAUUGGUCACGAGUGUUAUGAGUGUUCCCGUGGUAAACGAUGCUGAUGCCACCAUAACCAGCUAUGAUUAUCAGCUGAAUGAAAAUGGAUACAGUUUCUCUUAUUCAACCAGCAAUGGAAUAACAAGGCAAGAAAAUGCGGUUAUAAUCGGUGAUCCGAAUAGGAUGAACGACGAUAACCAAAUUAUUAGAGUAAAUGGAUUCUAUUCAUAUACCGAUAAGGAUAACAAUGUGUAUCGAGUAGACUAUGUAGCAGACGAGAAUGGUUACAGGGUUCUUGGAAAGUCACCACCUUCUGCGUCUGCGCCUUCUUCAAGUUAUGGAGCUCCAGCAGGUGAACCUUUUGCAGGUCCUAUCUCUCAAAGUUUUGGUGGAUCACAGUCCUACAGCCCCCAAGAACCAAAACCUAUAUCAUCAGCAGCCUUAGCUUCUCUUGGUGGAUCAUCAUAAGUCUGAGCAAUAAUUAUUUUUAUUCCAUUUUGACGUUUAUACACGACAUAACUCAACCCAUAGAAA